AUGUUAAGAACAAGAGGGGGAUUGGAAGCCACUCAAUAUGUGGAUGUUGAAGAGAUGGUUGCGAUUCUUUUGCAUAUUGUAGCACACGAUGUUAAGAAUAAGGUAGCUCGACGAUAUUUUGCAAGGUCUGAUGAAACAGUGUCAAGACACCUCAAUGUUGUUCUUAACGCAGUUCUUAGACUCCAUGAAAUCCUUCUUAAGCAACCUGAUCCAGUGACCCAUUCAUGUUCACACGAGAAGUGGCGAUGGUUUCAGAAUUGUCUAGGUGCAUUAGAUGGUACACACAUCAAAGUGAAUGUAAGUAUGAGUGAUCACCCAAGGUAUAGGUCUAGAAAGGGUGACAUUACCACAAAUGUACUUGGUGUGUGUUCGCAAAAUGGUGAGUACAUAUUUGUCAUGCCUGGAUGGGAAGGGUCUGCAUCAGAUUCGAGAGUACUUAGAGAUGUAGUGUCACGACCUACUGGUCUAAAAGUCCCAAAGGGUUACUACUACUUGUGUGAUGCUGGUUAUCUAAAUGCUGAAGGAUUCUUCGCUCCAUAA